AAAUGACUAGCAUUACCGGUUCUGCACAUCUGGCACUACCUGCCUGCUUAGUCACCUGCUCUCAAGCUUCAAACAGCUGUUGGGGCCCGCCUCCAUUCUACCUCCUAUCCAUCUGGGGUCCCUCCCUCCCCUUUCUUCUUCCUGAAAGGAUCUGGAUACACCAGAUCCACAAGUCCUGAUGUCUUUAAAAGGAUCAGCCGCUGGAAUAAAACACGGUUGAGAGCUGAGAUACUUGACUCUAGUGAAAGUCGGAAAGUCAAUAUCCUCCAACUGGCCACCAUGAGGGUUGGAGUGCCCUUCACAUUGAUCAUGCUCUGCGGCCUGGCAUGGGCUGGAAACAUGGAGUCCUGCGCCUCUCGCUGUCAUGAGAAGUUUGACCGGGAUGCUGCCUGCCAGUGUGACCGCCGCUGUCCCCACCACGGGGACUGCUGUGAGGACUAUGAACAUCUGUGUACUGCUGAAGAGGACCCCACAGAACCCGAUAUACACCUGGAGCUGGAAGAAGCCCCUGCCAGCUACCUGUACUUAGCACCCAACUCCUGCCAGGGCCGCUGCCGAGAAGCCUUUGACAAACACCACCCUUGCCACUGCAAUGACCGCUGCCAGGAAUUUGGGAACUGCUGCGAAGACUUUGAGAGCUUGUGUGGUGACCACGAGGGUUUCUCCUACAGUAGUGACACCAUUACCAAAGAAGAGCUUCGGAGCAUCUCUGAGAAGAUCUACAAGGUAGACACCAACAAGGCCCGGAAGGAAGACAUCAUCCUCAAUAGCCAAAACCGCAUCACCCCAGCCGAGACAGGAGACCAAGUGGAUCACUGCCCAGAGCCGCUCUUCACCUAUGUCAAUGAACAGCUGUUCUCCAAGCCCACCUAUGCGGCAUUCAUCAACUUGCUCAACAACUACCAGAGAGCCACUGGCCAUGGAGAACACUUCAGCGCCCAGCAGCUGGAGGAGCAGGCUGUCUUCCUCAGAGAGGUCAUGAAGACGGCCGUCAUGAAAGAACUCUACGGCUUCCUCCAUCACCAGAAUCGCUACAGCUCUGAACAAGAGUUUGUUGAAGACUUGAAGCACAUGUGGUUUGGACUGUAUUCCAGAGGCAGUGAAGAGGGAGACUCCAGUGGCUUCGAACAUGUCUUUUCAGGUGAAGUCAAAAAGGGCAAAGUCACUGGCUUCCAUAAUUGGAUCCGCUUCUACCUGCAGGAGAAGGAGGGUUUGGUUGACUACUACAGCCACAUCUAUGAUGGGCCGUGGGAUUCCUAUCCUGAUGUGUUGGCAAUGCAGUUCAAUUGGGAUGGCUACUACAAGGAAGUGGGCUCGGCUUUCAUCGGCAGCAGCCCCGAGUUCGAGUUUGCCCUCUACUCCCUGUGCUUCAUCGCUAGACCAGGCAAAACGUGCCAGUUAAGCCUAGGUGGAUACCCCUUGGCCAUCCAGACCUACACCUGGGACAAGACCACCUACGGGAAUGGCAGGAAGUACAUCGCCACAGCCUAUGUAGUGUCUUCUACCCAAUAGAACUUCAAGCCGGAAGAGGACAAGAGGGCUCAUUCGAAACUGAAGUGCUGCUUGCUUUGGACCCAAGAGGGGAGAGAGGAUCCCAAGAACCCCACAUUCUAAAUCUACAAAAAGGGACCCCCCCUAGUCCAGAAGGGAAAGAUACCAAUUAGGAAAAUGUAGAGAAGUGGUCAACUCUUUAUUUUAAGGAAGAUAGCCUAAGAAACGGACUGCUGGAGGGAGAAGGUGGUGCCACAUGUGCACCGCUGGCCUCGUCUUUGAUCGGAAGGGCAGGGGUUGCCUCCUUUUCUCUUUUUGGAUGGGCGAGAGGGUAAACCUGACGAUAAUAUUACUGUGAAGGUGAAGAUCGACUGAUCAAAAUUCCAGAUGACUAUAAUGGCUGUGAUUGGAUACAGCUUAGGUAGAAGGGGCAUGCAAUUCAGUCCUCUGUUGGGCUGGUCUUUUCUAGAAUUUGAAUCUUCUCAGCAUAGAGGCUGGGAAAAUCUGACAUGGGCCGAGCAGGGUAAAGGCUUGAAUACUGAAUGGGCUGGGGCCUAUGGCUUCCUCCAAGCUUG